GCCGCUCCCGGCCCGACCCGGGGGGGGAGCCCGGCUGCUCCGACGCCUCUUUCCCUUUUCCUUCCCUAAACCCUCGCCCUUGGGGCAACCCCACCGGGCAAGCAUGCCGCUUGCCCAACUAGCCGAACCCUGGCCCAAUAUGGAGCUGGUGCAUCUGGAUACGGAGAAUGGGCAGGUUGCUCCAGAAGAAGGUGGGAAUCCUCCAGCCAAGGCAAAAUCAGACAUCACCUGGAUAGAGAAAGACCUGGUGGACUCAGCAGACAAGCUGGGCUGUAACCACCUGCAUCUCCAUCCAGCAACCUCAAGUGUGGGGUUUCCAUGCAGCCAGAGGAGCCUCCCUGAUCCCCAGGACCCAUCUCUGCUUCCUUGGACCCACUUGUUCUUCCCCAGGACCCAUCUCUGCUUCUUUGGAGCCAUCGGUGCUUCCCCAAGACCCCAUCGGAGCUGGUGGGGGUGGCAGUUCCUGGGGCUGUGCAUUGGUGAUGGGGACAAGAGGAUGGAGAGGGACCCCAAACUUCCCCGUAUCUGCACCUUGGUGAUGCUCUGGCUGCAGAGGAGACCCCGGGCCAAGCCCUGCCACCAAGCCCUGCCAGCCCCCAGCCCACUCCCCACCCUGGGUGAGGGUGUUGUGAAAGAAAUCAACAUCACACACCAUGUGAAGGAAGGCUCUGAGAAAGCUGAUCCAUCCCAGUUUGAGCUCCUGAAGGUGCUGGGCCAGGGCUCUUUUGGCAAGGUUUUCUUGGUGAGAAAAAUAACACCACCAGACAGCAACCACCUCUAUGCCAUGAAAGUGCUCAAGAAGGCAACACUGAAAGUGCGUGACCGACUGAGGACAAAGAUAGAAAGGGACAUCCUGGCUGAUGUGAACCAUCCCUUCGUGGUGAAACUCCACUAUGCAUUCCAGACAGAGGGGAAGCUCUAUCUCAUCUUGGAUUUCCUCAGAGGAGGUGACCUUUUCACUCGGCUUUCCAAAGAGGUCAUGUUCACUGAGGAGGAUGUGAAGUUCUACCUGGCAGAGCUGGCUCUGGGGCUCGACCAUUUGCACAGCCUGGGAAUCAUCUACAGGGAUCUCAAACCAGAGAACAUCCUCUUGGAUGAAGAAGGACACAUCAAACUUACAGAUUUUGGCUUGAGUAAGGAGGCAAUAGACCACGAGAAGAAAGCCUACUCCUUCUGUGGGACAGUGGAGUACAUGGCCCCAGAAGUUGUGAAUCGCCAGGGCCACUCUCACAGUGCAGACUGGUGGUCCUAUGGGGUGUUGAUGUUUGAAAUGCUCACUGGCUCCCUGCCCUUCCAGGGGAAGGAUCGUAAGGAGACGAUGACCCUCAUCCUCAAAGCAAAGCUGGGCAUGCCACAGUUCCUGAGCUCUGAGGCACAGAGCCUCCUGCGGGCUCUCUUCAAAAGAAAUCCAGGCAACCGAUUAGGUUCUGGACCAGAUGGGGCAGAAGAGAUCAAACGUCAUCCUUUCUACUCUACCAUUGACUGGAAUAAGCUGUACCGCAGGGAAAUCAAACCCCCCUUCAAGCCUGCAGUGGGUCAGCCUGAUGACACCUUUUAUUUUGACACAGAAUUUACCUCACGGACACCAAAAGAUUCCCCAGGCAUGCCCCCCAGUGCAGGAGCCCAUCAGCUCUUCCGAGGCUUCAGUUUCGUGGCCACAGGCUUGAUGGAGGAUGGCAAAGUGAAAGCUGCUCCAUCACCUCUGCACUCAGUGGUGCAGCAGCUGCAUGGGAAGAACCUCCAGCUCAGUGAUGGUUACGUGGUGAAGGAGGCAAUCGGCUCCGGCUCCUACUCCGUGUGUAAACGCUGCAUUCACAAAGCUACCAACAUGGAGUAUGCAGUCAAGGUUAUUGACAAGAGCAAGCGAGACCCUUCGGAGGAAAUUGAAAUCCUCCUGCGGUAUGGGCAGCACCCAAACAUCAUCACCUUGAAAGAUGUGUAUGAUGAUGGGAAAUACGUGUACCUGGUGACCGAGCUGAUGAGGGGAGGGGAGCUGCUGGAUAAAAUCCUCAGGCAGAAAUUUUUCUCGGAGAGAGAAGCCAGUUCAGUCCUGCACACGAUCUGUAAAACUGUGGAGUAUCUGCAUUCCCAAGGAGUGGUCCACAGGGAUUUGAAACCCAGCAACAUUCUCUACGUGGAUGAGUCGGGAAACCCUGAAAGCAUUCGGAUUUGUGACUUUGGCUUUGCCAAGCAGCUGAGGGCUGAGAAUGGUCUGCUCAUGACCCCUUGUUACACAGCGAACUUUGUGGCACCUGAGGUACUGAAACGCCAAGGCUACGAUGAGGGCUGUGACAUCUGGAGCUUGGGAGUUCUGCUGUACACGAUGCUGGCAGGCUGCACUCCCUUUGCAAAUGGUCCCAGUGACACUCCAGAAGAGAUCCUGACCCGGAUAGGUGGGGGGAAGUUCUCCAUCAGUGGAGGCAAUUGGGACACUAUUUCUGACAUGGCCAAGGAUCUGGUAUCAAAGAUGCUUCACGUAGAUCCUCACCAGCGCCUGACAGCCAAGCAGGUCCUGCAGCACCCCUGGAUCACCCAGAAGGACAGCUUGCCCCAGAGCCAGCUGAAUCAUCAGGAUGUUCAGCUUGUGAAGGGGGCGAUGGCUGCCACCUACUCUGCACUGAACAGCUCCAAGCCCAGCCCCCAGCUCAAGCCCAUCGAAUCCUCCAUUCUGGCCCAGAGAAGGGUGAAGAAACUUCCUUCCACCACCCUGUGAAGCUGGUUUGGGGCUGCAGGCACACCAGACUUUGCACACCUACAGAGGAUGGGGGACAGGAGACAGGGUGGGCAAUGCCUGCACAGGAGCUCUCUUGAGGACUUCUUCUCCAAAGGCCAAUUGCCUUCCUGUUUCUGAAAGACUGGCUCCUCCUUGGGUGGACUGCUCUUUGCCAAGACAACUUCACUGUAAAACUUUUUUUCAAGUGUAAAUUGUCAACUUUUUAAAGACAUCCAGCUGUGUAUAUGAGAACUAGAAUGUAUAACUGAUAGCAAGUGGCACUAAAAAGCAGCUCUGAUUCACCCUGUCCUGUGUAGGGCCAGGUAUUUGUUGUAGCUCCAGCAUUUCUUGGACUUGAUCCUCUCCAACACCAUUGCAGAUGGAAUUUUGGGGGUUCAGGCUUUGGGAUUUUUUCCCCCUUGAGCCUUUGGCUUUGCCCUUCCCAAAGCCAACCCUGCAGACUCCCAGCCAGCAGCACUCAUGGUUCUAAAGGACAUCCCUCCCCUUCCCUUUUUGUAUGUGUGUGUCCAAAGUGUAAGGCUGACUUUUCAGACCCCAUCCUUUUCUCUCCUGCCUUCCCCCAGCCCAGCCAGCAGUUUUCUGAAGAAAAUAAACCACGAGUAUUCCAAACACCCCCUUAGAUGCCCUUUGGCUCCUUCCAUCCCUUUGCUCUCCCAUCUUCUUGUUCCCCCCAUCGAUGGAACCUUUUCCUCAGUAAAGCUGAGGCUUUGGGCUGGCUCUGGCUGCUGCUUUUACUCUUUGUGGGUUUCCUUUCCUUCAGCAGGAACCUACAAAAUAAACCAUCUUUUUUUUUUUUUUUUUUUAAUUUAACUUUGUUCUACAGCUGGUAACUCAGGGUUUCUUUCUGAAUUGUACAAUAAAUAUGCAAUUGAAUUGA